UCUCUCUCUCUCUCUCUCUCUGCAUCUAUUUUGUCUGCUAGCUUCCAAGCUCCUACAAGAGGGUGCUCUGUUAUCAUACACAAAAGCCUAACAAGCUGAGCAAAACGACACACUUUCUUCUGCCACAAUCUUCCUCUCACAUCAAAUAUCUUGCAUGCUUUCUCUUCAUUUCAGUUUUCAUUCAGAAGAUUAUUAUUUCUGAUUUUCUGUAUUUAAAUAAAGUAAAAAAAAAACACUUCUUUGGCAGAAAAAAAAACCAUUUUUGUUUUCUCAGUGGCAAGUUUCAGAUUGUACCCCAACAGAAAUUUUCUGCAUUGUUGAUUCUGCGGCUUGCGUAUCAGAGUCUUGGCGUGGUUUACGGAGAUUUGGGCACUUCACCUUUAUAUGUUUUCUACAAUACAUUUCCUAAUGGUGUGAAAGACGAGGAGCAAGUACUUGGAGCUCUUUCUUUGAUUAUCUACUCUCUUACUUUGGUUCCUCUCCUCAAAUAUGUUUUUAUUGUAUUAAGAGCAAAUGACAACGGACAAGGUAUCAAUUGUUUUGUAAACUUUUGGUGCUUGAGAUAAUUGAGAUUGUAUAGAGGGAAUACUUAGUAGUGUAUUGCAACUUUACAAAAUAACAAUCCACUCCUUUUUUUCCAUUUGUAACGAUUUCUUUCCCUCAAUAAGAUUUCCAUAGCGUACAUUCAGUGUAGUUAAUAGAUGCAUCUUAUAUGGUAAUGUUUGACAGAUACAAAUUUUAAAAGGGGCAUGUAUCUUACAUUCAAAUUCUAGUGAAUAGCGUGCUAUAGCGGCAUUGCGGGAAAAAAAUUGCAGCUUGUAGCAGCUGCUAAAUGUUUCUGGAAAAAACAUUGUUAUAUUAGGGAUAUUUUAGGCAUUUCCUUGUCCUAAUAGAGGGAUAUAAACAUUGAAUUUUGAUAUUAAGUUUCAUUUGCCCCCUUGAACUUCUUAUUAUUCAUUGAUACAGUUUUUUAUAGGUAUAUCAAUCACAUAGUUUUGUAUAGAAUUGGUGAUGUCUGAGUUCACACCAACUAGUUUCAUUGAUAUCAACUAUCGAAAUUCCUUCCAUUAAUGUUGAAAAAUACUCUAGCUUCGCAUAUAGGUCACAAGUAUGGUAGUUUCAGACUUCUGAGCUGCAAUAAAGUUUUACCAAACUAACAUGUGUAGAGCAGGCGGAACAUUUGCGCUUUAUUCCUUGCUUUGCCGACAUGCGAAGAUAAAAACCAUUCCCAAUCAGCAUCGCACUGAUGAAGAACUAACAACAUAUAGUCGCUCUACAUUCCAUGAAAGGUCAUUUGCUGCAAAAACUAAAAAAUGGUUGGAGGAACAUGAAUCAUGGAAGAGUGCCAUUCUUAUUCUUGUCCUUGCUGGCACCUGCAUGGUGAUUGGAGAUGGAAUUCUUACCCCGGCUAUAUCAGUUUUAUCGGCUGUUGGUGGCAUCAAGGUAAAUAAGCCCGGCAUGGAUAGCAGUGUGGUAGUUCUGGUUGCUGUUGUAAUAUUAGUUGGGUUUUUCAGCAUGCAACAUUUUGGCACAGACAGAGUUAGUUGGCUCUUUGCUCCCAUUGUUCUCCUUUGGUUUCUCCUAAUCGGAGGUAUCGGUAUAUUUAAUAUCUGGAAACAUGGAUUCCGAGUUCUAAAAGCCUUUUCUCCUGUGUAUAUAUAUCAUUAUUUUAAAAGAGGUGGAAAAGAGGGAUGGACUUCCCUCGGUGGUAUCAUGCUCAGUAUAACAGGGACAGAGGCUCUUUUUGCCGACCUAGCUCAUUUUCCGGUCUCAGCUGUACAGCUAGCAUUUACUCUAGUUGUGUUUCCUUGCCUUCUUUUAGCCUACUCUGGACAAGCUGCAUACCUUAUGGAUAACUUGACUCAUUCACGGGACGCUUUUUAUCGAUCUAUUCCAGAUAGAAUAUACUGGCCGGUAUUUGUUGUUGCAACAGCGGCAGCCAUAGUUGCGAGCCAGGCGACGAUAACUGCAACUUUUUCGAUUAUUAAGCAAGCCCUUGCUCAUGGAUGUUUCCCAAGAGUUAAAGUUGUUUAUACAUCAAAGAAAUUCCUUGGUCAGAUAUAUAUUCCAGAUAUCAAUUGGAUCCUUAUGAUUCUUUGCAUUGCAGUUACGGCUGGAUUUGAAAAUCAAAACCAGAUAGGAAAUGCUUAUGGUACCGCAGUUGUGAUUGUCAUGCUCGUUACAACACUCCUUAUGAUUCUUAUCAUGAUAUUAGUGUGGCGCUGCCACUGGAUUCUUGUACUUGCCUUCACUAGCUUAUCGUUGGUUGUGGAAUUCGCCUACUUCUUCUCCGUAAUUUUCAAAGUUGAUCAAGGUGGAUGGGUUCCCCUUGCAAUCGCCGGAACAUUUCUUAUUAUUAUGUUUGUUUGGCAUUACGGUACGGUGAAACGCUACGAGUUUGAAAUGCAUAGUAAGGUCUCGAUGGCGUGGAUUCUUGGGCUCGGCCCAAGUUUAGGGCUUGUUCGUGUACCUGGAAUUGGACUAGUCUACACAGAACUUGCUAGUGGAGUACCCCCUAUCUUUUCUCAUUUCAUCACCAACUUACCAGCCAUUCAUUCCGUCGUGGUUUUCGUAUGCGUCAAAUACCUUCCCGUCUACACCGUCCCAGAAGAAGAAAGAUUUCUCAUCAAAAGGAUUGGACCCAAGAAUUUCCACAUCUUUCGAUGUGUGGCACGGUAUGGCUACAAAGACCUACACAAGAAAGACGACGAGUUUGAGAAAAAACUCUUCGAUAACCUCUCGAUGUUUGUUAAACUCGAGUCUAUGAUGGAAGGUUGUUCGGAUUCGGAUGAAUACAGUAUAUAUGGACAACAAACAGAGUGGUCAAGAGACGGCUUGUUGAACAACAAUGGAAGCACAAUUUCUUCAAACAUGGAGUUAACAAUAAACUCAAUAGAUUCAAUAGUACAAGUAAGAUCGCCACCGCAUGUUAGGUCCUCCGGUCAAGUAAGCAACCAAACUGAGGUCGACGAACUCGAAUUUUUAAAUAGCUGCAGGGAUGCCGGCGUGGUUCACAUAAUGGGAAACACGGUUGUAAGGGCAAGGAGGGAUUCAAAUUUCUUCAAGAAAUUAGCUGUUGAUUAUAUAUAUGCAUUUCUUAGGAAGAUAUGCAGGGAAAAUAGUGUGAUCUUCAAUGUUCCUCAUGAGAGUCUCUUAAAUGUUGGUCAGAUUUUCUAUGUAUAGCUUCCCAAUCUCUCCCAUCAUCAUCACAAAUUCUUUUGUGAUUGCCAUCCUGUGCAAAGUUCAGGUUAGUGUAGCAUUUGAACAAACACCUUGAUUGCAGUAAUCAGUGCUACAAUUCAAGGAAUUGACUUCAUAAACAACUUUUUGGUAAUUAUUUGUUGAAAAUUGGAAGUAUUUUUUGUUUGAGAUUAGGGUUUAGGUAAAUCAGAAACGGUUAAUCACCUUGAUUACAGUUAUGUUAUUUUAACAGACUUUUUUAACACCGUAUACAUACAUCGCGACUAUUCAUUCCUUUA